UUUAGUUUCUGAUAAAUCUCAGAAGCUCAUAUAUAGCUCAGUAUAAAUAUUUUGGUAUGCAAAGGAUACGAUGCAGUUUUUUGUUUCUAAUUUCCAUGGCCCCACUUUUGUCAUGUGUGGUAUGGUUAUUAUGGGGAUUGUAUUGGAGAUAGAAGCUGGAUCUGCACCACUGCAGCUUCAAUUGGAAUCAAAUGCUAUAAUCAAUAGUAGAUGGUGGAAUGGGUCGAAGUCAAAUCCAAAGAAUAUCUGUUCGUGGGAGGGUAUCGUUUGCAACAAAGCUGGAAGUGUAACUAGAAUCGGAUAUCCGUGUUAUGAUGCAGGGAUUCAAUUUGCAACACUAAACCUAUCUGUUUUCAUGAAUUUGGAAAGGCUAGAGGUUGUCAACUGUAGACUAACAGGGACUAUUCCACCUGAAAUUGGUAAUCUCCCCAAACUCACUCAUCUUCAAUUGUCCUCCAAUUCUCUUCACGGUGAGAUACCUCAUUCACUGGGAAAUCUUACCCAAUUAGAGAGUCUAAUCAUCUUUGACACCAACAUUCAAGGAUCCAUUCCUCAAGAAUUGUUUUUGCUGAAAAAUCUUGCUGUAUUGGAUCUAUCUCUCAAUCAAAUCAAUGGGACAUUGCCCAUUUCACUUACAAAUCUCACAAAACUAGAAGAGCUUGACAUUUCUUGGAAUCUCCUCAGUGGUUCCCUAACCUCUAUCAUCCCUAAUUACCACCAGAGCUUGCAUAUCCAAUCCGAAAUUGGAAAUCUUCCUAGACUCACCCAUCUCGACUUUUCUGGCAAUGCUUUUUAUGGUAAGAUACCUCCUUCACUUGGAAAUCUUACCCAAUUAGAGAGCCUAGCCAUCUCUUACAACAAAAUCGAAGGUUUCAUUCCUCGUGAAGUGGUGUUCCUGAAAAAUCUUACUGUCUUAGAUCUAUCUCACAACAGAAUCUAUGGGAACUUGCCCAUUUCACUGACAAAUCUUACCCGAUUAGAGAGCCUAAUCAUCUCUAACAACCAGAUUCAAACUUCCAUUCCUCGUGAACUGGAGUUCCUGAAAAAUCUCAAUGACUUAGAUUUAUCUUUCAACAAAAUCAAUGGGAGCUUGCCCAUCUCACUGACAAAUCUUACCCGAUUAGAGAGACUACUCAUCUCUAACAACGAGAUUCAAGGCACCAUUCCCCGUGGAAUGAUGUUCCUGAAAAAUCUUACUGUCUUAGAUAUUUCUCAUAACAGAAUCAAUGGGACCUUGCCCAUUUCACUCAUAAAUCUUACAAAAUUACAAUUUCUUGACAUAUCUCACAAUCUACUUGUUGGUUCUCUAAAAUCCUUGUUAGUCGGGAGCCAUGCACAGCUAACUAGUCACAACCUCAGUCACCAACUCACUUAUAUUGAUUUGUCUUACAAUUCUCUUGAUGGUGAGAUACCUCCUUCAAUGGGAAACCUUACCCAAUUAGAGAGGCUAAUCAUCUCUAACAACGACAUUCAAGGUUCCAUUCCUCGUGAGUUGGUGUUGCUAAAGAGUCUUACUUCUUUAAAUCUAUCACACAACAGAAUCAGUGGGACCUUGCCCACUUCACUUGCAAAACUCACAAAAUUAGAAAUGCUUGACAUUUCCCACAAUCAACUCAGUGGUUCCCUAAAUCCCUUAUUGUUAGGUGGAAGCCCAGCACAACUUAUCAUUAUUUACCUCAGUCGCAACCUCAUUAGUGGUGAAAUACCAACAGAGCUUGCAGACUUGCCAGCAUUAAAAGGACUGAAUCUAAGCUAUAAUAAUCUUACCGGAACGGUUCCUCAAUCUCUGCAAUAUGUCAUUCAUGUGGACAUUUCCUAUAAUUAUUUGAAGGGUCUCAUUCCAGAUGGUGUCCCUCCUGAUGCACUAGUAGGUAACAAGGGCAUAUGUAGUGACAUUUUGGAUAUCCAAACCAAAUUCCAAUUCCAGCCUUGUUCAACUCGCGGCAACAAAGUAAUCAUGGCCCGUGGCAACAAAGUAAGGCUCAAACUUGUCAUAAUUAUUUUUGUCCCCAUUCUUCUAAUCAUGGCCCUUUUACUACUUGUGUAUCUAAGAUUUAUUCGAGUUCCAAUUAACAACAAACAUGCAAAGACAACGAUGACUAAGAAUGUGGACUUGUUUUGUAUAUGGAACUUUGAUGGAAGCAUAGCCUAUGAAGACAUCAUCAGAGUAACAGAAGACUUUGACAUGAAAUAUUGUAUUGGAACAGGUGCCUAUGGGAGUGUUUAUAAGGCACAAUUAUCAAGUGGCAAGAUUGUUGCCCUAAAAAAACUUCAUGGCUUUGAAGCAGAGAUACCAGCUUUUGAUGAGAGUUUCAAAAAUGAAGUCAAAGUAUUAUCGGAAAUAAAGCACCGACAUGUGGUGAAGCUUUACGGAUUCUGUUUGCACAAAAAAAUCAUGUUUUUGAUCUAUGAGUACAUGGAGAAAGGAAGCUUGUUUUCUGUCCUUUAUGAUGAUGUGGAAGCAAUGGAAUUGGAUUGGAAAAAGAGGGUUAACAUAAUGAAAGGCACUGCACAUGCUCUGUCAUAUCUUCAUCAUGACUGCACUCCUCCAGUAGUGCAUAGAGACAUAUCAGCCAGCAAUGUCUUAAUUAACUCAAAGUGGGAGCCCAGUGUUGGUGACUUUGGCACAGCCCGAUUCCUUAGCCUUGAUUCAUCCAAUAGAACUAUAGUUGCUGGAACCAUCGGAUAUAUAGCUCCAGAGCUUGCAUAUAGUAUGGUUGUGAGUGAAAAGUGUGAUGUGUAUAGCUUCGGAGUGGUGGCCCUUGAAAUAUUGGUGGGAAGGCAUCCUAAAGAAAUUCUGUUGUCACUUGACUCAGCUUCUAAUGAUCAUGGCAUCACAUUAUGUGAAGUAUUAGACCAACGCCUCUCACAGCCAACAAUGUCAGUUUUACUAGACAUAGUUCAUCUUGCCAUUGUUGCAUUUGCAUGUUUAAAUCCCAAUCCUUCCUCUCGCCCAACAAUGAAAUGUGUUUCUCAAUGUUUUCUUACUCAACUCAUACCAUUAAGCAUUCCCUUGCGUGAAAUUUCAUUGCAGCAGCUCAUGAGUCAAGAACUCAGGCACUAUUUAAAAUUGUGAACUACUGAAAGUGAAACCUGUAUUUGAAGUUAGACGAUAUCAGCAUUCAAUAAAGAUUUUGUAGUUGUUAUUCGGG